AUGAUCUCUGAUACGGCAGCAAUCUUCCUUGCGGUUGCACUCCUUCUGUCGAACGUAGAGCGAAUUUUCCAUCUAUUUCAUUGGAUCUGGGUCUCUGUGGCACGACUGUGCGGUUCAGGUCGGCCGAGUCGACGAGCCGUGCCGUAUUGGAGUCAACAAGGCGAGUUCCUCGGAAUGGUAUUGCCCCCUGAUCAGAAUCCACGUUCUACCAACAACGCGGUUGAACUAGUUGGACAAUCCAUUUCCCUGCCGCAGACUCUACGGGAUUGUCCGAGAAAAUCUGCAACAGAAUUGCACACUCAACUCCCGUUACCACCGUCCCGAAUGGUCCUGGUCUGGGAUGGUUGGCCUGACGGGGCUUUCUCCACGCAUCUGACGAGUGAAGAUAUGAAAUUAACAUCCUCCGCCUCGAUAAACUGGUCUUGUGACAGUUUGCGCAUCGAUACAGGGAAAACUCGGGCGCGGACUUGGCAGCAAGGGAGGGAAACACGAAAGAUUUGUCGCGGUGUUUUCAAAUGUGAGUCAUCACAGUGUCCGUUUGAGAUGCUAGCGGCCGCGGAUCGGUCUUUCUCUGUCGGUCAAGCUCUCGGACGAUAUAUUUGCUUAUGCGGAGCGCGACUUCAAUAUGUCACCUGCGGAACCACCUCCUCAAUACAUCGGUAUGCCGGGGGUGCACUCUUUGUGAAUCGCGGCAGUCACACCCACACCAAUUACACGCAUGUGCUCAAGAUUUCGAGUAACGGCACGUUCAAGCUGCCAGUCUUUGUGCCACGAAGGGAACCUGUCAUUUUACAGAGUUUGCCAGCUCGGGACUUGACGACAUCGGAUAUGGGCACCCCAGAGCCAACAACAGAACCCGAGGAACGACUCAAGUACACCACAAGAUCAGAGCGCAGCCCCGACGGUUUUGAAUCAACAAAUUUCGGUGAUCGUGAACGAGAGUGGUCAGACGAGGAGCGCCGUGAGAUAGAGAUGGAUCCGGAAGCUGACCAGGAUGAGGAUUAGAUUAGCCGGAAUUUGAAAUAAUACUCGCCAUUCCAUCUUCGACGGAAGUCUUCGUCCUGCAACUGUUGAACGCGCAACUUCAGUGCUGUGGCCGUCAACCCUGACGAUGCCACUGCACAGUCCUAUUGUCGAUGGCGAGGAGAAGAGACGACCGAAAAAACAUGUCAAAUUAGACGUUGAGGAAGCAUUCAGGCCACGGAGACCGAGCCAGAAGGUUUUAA